AUGUCGCACGAGGCUCUCAACCCCAUUCAUCCCUCAGUCCUCCCCCACCUUGACCCCGUGUUCAUUCAACUAUACAACGAACACGUCGCGAACACACCUGGGGGCCCGAUUGAUCUCGCAGUAUUACGCGCAAAAUAUUCCGUAUUGUACUCAUAUGGAACUGGCCCUGCUCCAGACUGCGCGCGCAUCUAUGAUGCUCAAGUACCUGGUCACAACGGAGACCUGAUUCCCAUUCGCGUAUAUGAGCCUCCUUGGCCAGGGCCAUGGCCAGUGCAUAUUGAUUUCCACGGCGGAGGUUGGGGCCUCGGCGACCUUGACACAGAAUCGCACAUUUGUAAACACUUCUGCGUCAAAGCAAACGUCUGCGUGAUUGACGUUGACUAUCGCCUUGUACCCGAACACGCAUUCCCAAUUGGGAUUCAAGAUUCGUUUGCUGCACUGCAGUACAUCCACGCCCAGGGCGCGCAGCAGUUCAAUAUCGACCCGAGCCGAAUCUCUCUAGGUGGUGUCUCAGCUGGAGGCAACAUUGCCCUGGUAUGCGCACAUUUAGCCCGUGACGCCAAUAUUCCCCUCAAGCUGGUAGCUGUGGGUACACCUACAGUCGACGAUAUCUCGAAAUACAAGUCCGCCGCCGACGCACCAUGGCCCUCGAUGCAGACCAUGGAGCAUGCGCCAACCCUCAACUGGGCACGAUUGAAGUGGUUCGAUAACCUCAAGUGGCAGAGCAUUGCGUCCGAAGGACCGGCCCGAGACUCGCAGCUCGCUGCGGUGAAGUGGUUUGCCAACAUACUUGACGCUCCGGACUUUACUGACCUACCAAAGACGGUCAUCUAUACCGCUGGGUGUGAUCCGCUGCGCGACGAGGGCGAGGCCUAUGCGCAGAAGCUGAUUGCGGGUGGAAAUGAGGUUACCCAGAAACGAUUUGCUGGUGUUCCGCAUCCGUUUAUGCACAUGGAUAAGGACCUCUGGCAGGCGAAAGAAUUUAUUGAUUUGACGGCUGCGCACAUUAAAGCUGCGCUACGUCCGUAA